AUGAAGACAGCAGAGGAGAUGGCAGUACAAAAGGACGUACUGGAGGUGUUCCGGUUUUUCGAAACCUUCAACCUUAAAACCUUUUUAGGUCUCCAACCUAAAGUGGUGGAUGACUUGCUCACUAUCGACCUUAGCGGCAAAGUCCUGACCUCCGUCCCAGCCGAGGUGUUUGACGCCACAGAUAUCGAAUGCCUUUACCUGUCUAACAACAUGCUGACGAACAUACCAGAGCAGAUAGGUCAACUACAGAAGCUUCGUGAACUUAAACUUGGCAACAACCUGCUGACACAACUGCCCCAGGCAAUCACUACUCUACCUAACCUACAGUACAUCGACGUGUCGGUCAAUAAAUUGGAAACAUUGCCUGAUGGGAUCUCCGGGUUACAACUUCACGAGCUAGACAUCCGGAACAACAGAUUCAAAGAGAUACCAGAAGAAGUUUGUUCACUACUUCAACUCAAGAUCUUGGACGUAGGAAAAAACCCACUCAAGCGUCUGCCUGACAACAUAUGUCAGCUCACAGGGCUAAGGAGGCUUGAAAUAGAUAUCUGUCAGUUUGAUGAGUUCCCCAGACAGGUGCUACAGUUAGAAGGGUUACAAAGGUUGGACAUAGGGGAGUGGGCUGGGGAGGGCAAACCUUCACCUGUACCUGAAGACAUCGGCAGACUGAAGAACCUACAAGUCUUGGAUUUGCAAGAUAGUGGCGUGGAGUCACUACCGGAUGGUGUUGGGGAACUGGAGCAGCUGAGGUACUUUAACAUCUCUGGAAACAAAUUCACAUCAAGAGAACUGAGGAAAGUCUUCCACCGUUUCUCUCAAAGCGUUACUGAACCGAGUGAGGUAGAAGAUCUGGGCGGAGCACUUGGACUUACAGCAGACGAGAUUAUCAAUAUCCAAGCGGCAAGGAACACAAAACCGAGUUCCCAGGCCUAUAAAGUUCUUUCGAAGUGGAUGGAGACAGACAAGGAUGCGUCCAUGGACAAGCUUCAGCAGGAGCUGAGUGAGUCUGGCAUGAGUCAGCUGUCAGAGAAGCUCAGCAGAAUUCAGUCCCAACCAGCUAAGCGGUCGGCACCCAAUACAGCAGAUGGACCGCCUGUCAAGUUGUCGGCAGUCGCAGGGCCAUCUCGUGAAUCGCAUCUGGAAGAAAAGCAGCCCAAAGAGAAGCUCAGACAGGCAGAACAUAAACUUGUACAGAUGCAACAUCACAGAGAGACUCAGGAGGCCAUGUCAACUCGGGUUGCCGAGCAGAAUCUGAGUGGCCAAGUUGGAUUUCCUCGUGCAUCAGUGCCAACUGAAGUGGAGAUGGGAGGUCCAGAGAUGUUGGUUCUCUACGAGCAGGCCUGUAAAGAUGGGACCACUGAAGUCUUCUUCAUCAGGCUGAUCCUGGUAGGGCAACACGGGAAUGGGAAAAGCAGCUUGAAAAACAGUCUCCUUCAACUGGAGUUCAACAGAGAUGAGGAGAGCACUGAUGGCAUUGUGAUCACUCCGUGUCUCAUGACUGGGAGGGAACAAUGGAAAAUAACUGAAG